AUGGUUCUUGGGGCUAACCCUCCACUGCUGGUUUUUGAAGGCUUUAUCAAGAGAGUUUGGGGUCACCUGGGGAUUGCUCAAAUUGCUAGAAUGUCCAUGGGUCUGGUAAUGGUAAAAUUUAACGAUGAGGCUACACGCAGUCAUGUGUUGGAAAAUGGCAGUCUUCAUUUUGACAGAAAACCGGUGAUUGUUCGACCUUGGACAACAGAUCUGAAUGCGAUUCGGUUGGUCCGCUCAGUACCGUUAUGGAUCAGAUUGCAUGACCUUGGUCUUCAAUAUUGGGGCAACAAUUGCCUUAGUGCUCUAGUAAGCACUAUAGGUAAGCCGAUAAUGGUUGAUAAGUUUACUCAAGAGAGAACUAGAGUUCAGUUUGCUAGAGUACUGGUGGAGAUGGAACUUUCAGAUAAUCCUCCUAGAAUUAUUCAUUUCAUGAAUGAAUUUGGUCAGCUUGUGGAACAAGGGGUGGAGUAUGAGUGGUUACCAGUCAAAUGUAAGAAUUGUGGAAAUUAUGGACAUGUUAUCACUGACUGUCGCAAGAACCAGAAGGGCCAGUUGGAUCCUAAGGUUACUGAACCUAGUUGUUCUCAGGUUCAGGAAAAGGAGAAGACUAAUCAGGUAGAGUCUUCAUCAACGGCUAAGGCAUCAGAUCAGGUUGUGAAUACUGUGGCUGGUCAAGGUCAAUCUUCAAGUAACAAGGAGAUGGUUGAGGAUUUAAAAGCUGAUAAGGGGCAAGAUUCGCAGAGCAAGUGGCACGCCUAA